AUGUUUGUAUUGUUCUUCAUUUUGACUUUUUUACUAUCAAUUGGAUCGAGUUUAAGAUUAGCACAACCACCGAGAAUGACUAAGAUCAACAACUGGAGAAAAUUUACCUACUCUGGACCUGUCAUAUUAAAUUAUCAUAGUUUGAUAUCAAAUUUUAGUUUAAUCCGCUGUAUAGCAACUUGUUCAUCUCUCUACAACUGGGAUCAGAUUUAUUAUCAAGAAGAAGAUUGUUAUUGUUUAGCACCAAGUUAUGUGGAAGCUAGUCGAGUUUCUGGAUGGGUGAAAACCAAUUCAGAAUCUAUGGUGCUUUAUCAAGAUCUCUUUAAUUGUUUCGUCAAGGGAUAUACAGUAUUUUCAGACCAAGGAUAUUGUUUAAAGUACCACUCUACUCUGGUCACAUUUGAAAAUGCCGAAUCACAAUGUCGACAUGAUGGCGGUCAUUUGAUGUCGGUUUAUACACCAAAGGAUUAUGACAAUUUAAGAUCUUUAUAUUCACGUAAGACUAGAAUCGUAUUAGCUAAAUAG